AUGGAGCCAGAAAGAACAACAAUCUCCUCCCCCGGGAAGGUGCUUCUUGCAGGAGGCUAUUUAGUCCUGGAUAGAGCGUUCUCGGGCGUUGUAGUAGCCACUUCAUCAAGGUUCUAUUCAACGGUCACUUCUUUACCUUCUCCUUCAACUUCGUCAUCAUCAGGCAAGGCUAUCAUCUCAGUACGAGCCGGACAAUUCCCCGCGAAGUCAUCUACCUGGACAUAUUCACUCUUGCUGGAGAAGGAGGCGCUAAGGCUGGAGCAAAACAAAGAGGAUGGAGGGAAGAACAAGUUCAUCUACUUGGCUUUAUUCCAAUCUCUUACUCUGGCGUAUGAGACACUCGCUAAGACGGGACAUAACAGAGGACAAGAAGCUGCUGAAGAGUUGAUCAAUAGACUUACAGCCCAUGGAGAAGGCCUAGAUAUUGUAGUACUCGCAGACAAUGACUUUUACUCUCAACGAGAACAGCUCUCAGCGCUAUCCCUUCCGACAAAAAUCACCUCAUUGUCAUCUCUUCCACCUUUCACUCACCUGCCUCGACCGAUAUCCCAGACAAACAAAACUGGGUUAGGGUCAUCAGCUGCACUUGUGACUUCUCUCGUUGCAUCUCUCCUCGUCCACCUGAAAAUCCUAGAUCUAUCUCACAAAGAGGCCAAUCCAGAUAAAUUGGAAAAAUCAGAUGACCUAGAAACACUACAUUCACUCGCUCAGUUCGUACAUUGUUUGGCUCAGGGGAAAGUCGGUAGUGGAUUCGAUAUAUCAUCAGCUGUUUUCGGUACACAUAUCUAUCGCAGAUUUUCACCUUCCCUCCUCACUUCUCUAAUGGACAGACCAAUAGAUGCUAUCCCCCUUGAACUUUCUGAAGAAGACACUUUGAUGGAUGGAUUGGCUCCAUCACAAUGGGAUCAAGAUGUCACUUCCUUUAGAUUACCAAAAGGUUUGCGAUUGAUACUUGCGGAUGUAGACGCAGGGACAGAUACGCCCUCUUUCGUCGGUAAAGUCUUAUCAUGGCGUAAAGAGAACCCGCAACAAGCUGGAAAUGUAUGGGCAGAAUUGAAUGAAGCGAAUAUGCAGUUGGAACAGUCGUUAACUGGUUUAGUGAAUAGGGAGGGGGAUAAUGGGUAUGAGAAGACGCUGGAGUCGAUGGGGGACAAGCAUAUAGAAGAUAACAAAAGCAAUGCGAUGAUGGCGGCGUUACUGUACGAGAUCAGGCAGACUCUCUUUACAAUUCGAAGCCUCCUUCGAAAGAUGUCCGAAUUAUCAGGAGUACCCAUAGAACCUCCUGAACAGACUAGACUAUUAGAUGCCUGCUCUGAGUUACCGGGAGUCAUAGGCGGCGGUGUACCUGGUGCUGGAGGAUACGAUGCUUUAUACCUCUUGGUUAUAGAUACCCCAUCAGUAGCCUCACGCGUGGACGAUUUAUGGUCAGGGUGGAAAGAGAUGAGCGUGUGUCCUCUCUUAGCUAGACAGAGUGAUGAGGGAUUGAGGAUCGAGAAGCUGGAUCAAGUGAGAGGUUUGAAGGAAGCAUUGAAAAGGUAG